AUGUCCUAUAACCGUACUGUAAUUACUGAAGCUUUGAACGAGCUCGAUGACAAGCGCAUCAAGGGUAUCAAGCCUCUUAUUCCUCCUCAAAUCUUGAUGGAAGACAUCCCUCUUACUUUGAAGGCUGCACAAACCAUUAUUGAAGGUAGAAAGGCUGCUGAAAAUGUCAUCAAGGGUACUGACGAUCGCCUUUUGGUCGUCGUUGGCCCUUGCUCCAUUCACGAUGUCAAGGCCGCUAAGGAGUAUGCUAAUCUUUUGAUUGAGUAUACCGAAAAUGCAAAGGAAGACUUGUUGAUCAUCAUGCGUGUUUACUUUGAAAAGCCUAGAACUACUGUCGGUUGGAAGGGUUUGAUCAACGAUCCCUUCAUGAAUAACAGUUAUGAGAUCAAUAAGGGUCUUCGUAUUGCUCGUCAAUUGCUAUUGGAUCUUAAUGAAAUGGGCAUUCCUACUGGUUGCGAGUUCUUGGAUACCAUCUCUCCCCAAUACACUGGUGAUCUUGUUUCAUGGGGUGCUAUUGGUGCCAGAACUACCGAAUCACAGAUUCAUCGCGAGUUGGCCUCUGGGUUAUCAUGCCCUGUUGGUUUCAAGAACGGUACUGAUGGCUCAAACGGUGUUGCCUAUGAUGCCAUUAGAGCUGCUAGCAAUGGCCAUCAUUUCUUGUCAGUGACCAAGCAAGGUUUAUCUGCAAUUAUUCAAACUGAAGGAAAUGACGCUUGUCAUGUCAUUCUCCGUGGUGGUAAGAGUGGAACUAACUUUGAUGCUGAAUCUAUCCAAAAGACUUCCCAAGAGCUCCAAAAGGUCAAGUUGGCCCCUGUCGUCAUGGUAGAUUGUAGUCAUGGCAACUCUUCAAAGGAUCACAAGCGUCAACCUAUUGUUGCUCAAUCCAUUGCUGAACAAUUGGCCCAACCCUCUGUCACAGGUGAUAACAUUGUUGGUGUUAUGAUUGAAUCCAACUUGGUAGAAGGCCGUCAAGAUAUUCCUAGCGAGGGUCCUCAUCGCUUAAACUAUGGUCAAUCCAUCACUGAUGCUUGUAUCAAUUGGGAAGAUACCGUCAAGACUUUGGAUGUUCUCCGUGAGGGUGUUCGUGCUAGACGUGCUGCCAGAAAGGCAUAA